UAAUAUCAUUCAUUAGGAUAUCACGGGGCCCACGACCAGACGUUUUUCGAUGAAACAGUAAAAUACCUGUACGUUCGGUCGGCGUCGGUUGCGACACGCAAGACCGACGACAGUGAUCAUUCAUCGUCGUUGGCCCGCGCUCAAGUCUGCGCACCGGUAGGCAAUGACGAUGACGACGAUAAUAAUAACGACGACGCGUACACGUGCCGAACGUCUCCGCCGUUUGCUCGCGAUUCACAAGUGUUCGCCGUCCGCUGUUUGGCCGCCGGCCAUUUCGUCGUGAGAUCCGACCCGAUCGGAUCAGAGAGGAACUGCUGCCGCCGCCGCCGCCGCCGCCUUAUAUUAUUAUUAGCCGUUAUGUAAUAUUGUUCGAAACCUGGCACGGGUCCCGGCAUAGCUGCUGCCGUCGAGCGGUGGUAAACUUCCGAAGCGCUAAAUAUAGAAACAGUCGACCAAAGAGCCGCAGCACCGACUCGCUCGCCGAUUCGGAAAUUCAAUACAAUCGCUGCCGUCUCCCGAGUGUGUGCGUCCUCCGGCCGUGCGUCACAAUAUUUAUAAUACAUCGUAGGCAUCUACGAUUAUCUUCCGUCCGUUUUUGUAUACGCUUCGCUUCAAAAGAUGGCCGACGAAGUGCUGGACUCGGUCAAGAAAUGCGUGAGCGUCAUAAAAGGCGCUAAGACGGACACUGAAAAAUUCGCCGCCCUGUUUAUGGUCACCAAGACCGUGAAAGCCGAGAAGUGCAACCCUCGCUCCAAGCUUGCCCUGUUCGAAGCCAUCGAGUUCAAAUUCAUCAAGCGUUUGUUGCUCAGCGACGAAGUGCCGGCCGGCUGUCCGCCAUUCGUCUACAAGUCUGUAGCGAUGAGCAUACUCACGGCGCUGUGCAGUGUCCAAGAGGUUGCCACUCAUCAAGAAAUAUUACAGAACGUUGACGUGUUCCUAGACAUUGUGAUUGGCGAGGGCGAUGAAGACGAAGAUGAAGUGGACGAGGACAAUCUCAUGCUGGUCAAUGAGGCUUACAAGUGUUUAAAUUUUAUUGCAACAUUUGACCAAGGCUUAAAAGCACUGUUUGACGUCGACACAGUUGGAAAAAUGUGUAAGGUGUAUUCAACAAAAAGCUUUCAAACAGACGAAGCAUUGUCAUUGCUCGUGACUGUCGUUGAAAAGUUUGGUCCGCCUUCAUGGGAAAACAAUGUCCAAAACUUUAAUACGCUGAUGAACAUCCUGGCAGUAGAUUUUGAAACUGAUCACAGUGAACGGAAAUUUAAAUUAUGUUCAAUACUUUCGCCUUUAUUAGGCAAUUGCCCAGUGGAAAUCGUACAAGACACUUGCGAUAAUGAAAUUUGGCCAUCCAAAUUAUUCUUAGGACUGCGAGACAUAUUGACCAGUAAGCUUGUUAAAGCACAACGAGAUCCAGCCAUCAAGUUAGCAUCGCAAAUGCUUACAACGUUUGGUGCUGAAUGGUCUCUGCAAGAUGAAGCAAAACCAAAAGUAUUUUUCUUGAUGUUAAUACAUUUGGCUUCAAUUGAAAUACGUAUGCAAUUAGAAGAUAAAAAAUUUGAACAGGUAUUGGCCAUAGAAAAUUUACUUGGUUCAUGUUUCACAAUUCUAGAAAUAUCAAUUGCUUUCUUAUCGGCAGACACUUUAGAUUUGGAACAAAAAGAAAAACAGCAAACAUAUACAGCACUUAAAGGAGCAUUUACUGCAGUAUUAAAUCUUCUAAAAACUUUGUCUGUAUCUAAGAAACCAUUAGAAGUCAAAGAUAAAUGUUUUGUGUGUUUGAUGCUCAUGUCACUUUCUGCAUGGCUGACGCUAGAAACAUCUGCAAUGAAACCUGCCGUAAACAAUAUUUUGCCAUUUGCUUUACAGAUCGCCAACGAAUCGUUCUUUGCGUAUCGUGCACGUUACAUAUCUGAAAAUGUCAAAUCUGAAGAUAAGCUAGUGACAUAUGAUCCUCUGAGUUCCAUAGACGUAUUGAGGGCAUUCUUACCAGCUCUAUGUCAUAUAACAGUGGAUGACAAGGGUCGUGCAAUAUUAUUACAAAUUAAACAAGAAGAGGUGUUGCAAGAAUGUUUAGCUUUUCAUUGGUCAAUCGCCCAUUAUAAAAAACCAUUGAUACCAAAAUCUGAAAGAUGUAAACCCAGAGGACCAGAACCCGAAAUUCCAGCCGAACGUCUGAAAAAAAUGGCUGACUCUAGAGGUGCAAUUAUUAGCAUAUGUAAUACAUUUAUGAACAUUUGCGUACUAGAAGUAGAUCACGUAAAAAACAGUCCAUUGUUUUUUACCCUCAUGAAGUUUGUGUUUGAUAAUCUACCCGAAUUAAAGAACAAUCAUGAAAACCUUGUUGUGUAUGGCAACAUGGCCGUUUUGGGCCUAUUGCUUCUGAAAUUGAAGACUGCGUACAUUAAGAAAAACGACUUCUCUAUUUGCCGUUACAUACAGUCAACCAUUCGAUUUUUGUGGGAUGCAUACACAGUUGAUGAAAACAGCAACAGUUCACGAUUUGCAUUAGGUCAGUUGGUCGUGACCAUGAAUUAUAAAGAAUCGUGGAUGGAGUUGCAAGAGUUAUGGUUUUUGGGCAUGCAAAAUCUUAGUGGUAUUUUAACUCUUGUUCCGUGGAUAUCAGAAUUUGCAAUCGAAAGCGGUUGGGCAGAAGGCAUCAUAGACAUGUUGGUGAAAAUUAAGCCGGGCUCACUACCAACCAAUGUAAAAUAUGCUUAUGAAGAUUUACUGUGUCGCCUUAUUGAUGCAAACAGUGAUUUGGUAGCCACACUCAAGAAAAAAGACGCUAUUACAGCUUGCCGAGGUCAUAAAUUUAUGGAAUUGGGUAAAAAAUUAUUUGGAGAAUAAUUAUAUUGUCAUAAAACCAUUUGUAUUUUAUUUUCUAUAGCAUUUAUACUUUUAAACAUUUUCAUUUUAUUAUAUACAAAAAAGAAAAAGAUACAAUUAUAUAUUGUAGUAUUUGAAUCAAAAAGCAUAUUCAAUUAAGGACUAAUAUUAAUGAUAAGGACAAAUAUUUAAAAAUAUAUUUUUAAUUUUAUGAAAUUAUGAAACAGUAAUAAUUUUUUAUUUGUGUGUCUAUUAAAUAAAAUAUGGCCUAUGUACCACUUCGAACAGAGUAAUCUUUAAUUAA